CUGUCCUGGCAACGAAAGAAGAAGCAAUACUGAUUCCUACCAAGAUGAAGAUGCUGUGGCUGUGUGUGGCACUGGUUCUGAUUGGUGCCCAAAAGGAAGCAGCUGCUGAUGUGUCUGAGGUUUCUGGGUACUGGUAUUCUGUUCUGCUGGCCUCUGACCACAGGGAUAAAAUAGAAGAAAAUGGAAGCAUGAGAGUGUUUGUAGAACGUAUCGAUAUUUUGGAGGACUCAUCUCUGUCUGUCAAAUUCCAUACAAUUGACAACGGACAAUGUGCUGCACAUGAGUUAGUGUGUGAUCCAACAGAGGAGGAAGGAGUAUAUACUGUUGAGUAUAAUGGACACAAUGUCUUUCGCAUCCUUGACAUGGUCUCUGAUGAGUACGUCAUUUUCUAUCUCAAGAAUGGUGACAAUGGGGAAGGCUUCCACCUGAUGGAACUCUAUGGCCGAGGACCUGAUGUAAGGUCAGAAAUCAGGGAAAAGUUUGUGCAACUGUGUCAAGAAUAUGGAAUCGUGAAGGAAAACAUACUGGACCUAACCAAGACUGAUCGCUGCCUCCAAGCCCGAGACCAGGCAUAGGCCUAAGAUCUCAGAUUGGUGACCUCUGAGAGGACCUGGUGAGAGGGGGUGGGCC